UAUACGGUAUAAUCCGGUGUAAAGGAAAGUUUAUUGGAAACUGUGAUAUAUUAAUCGUGCGUGCGAUGACCAAUAGAUGGUUUUUUAUAUAAUAAAUAAAGUGAUUUUUUUAUAAUUAUUUAAUAUUUGAAGUAUUGGUUACCUGAUCUUUGAUAGUGCCUGGGUUUUAUGGGCAUAGUUUUUUUAAAAAAAAAAGAGGAACUCUACUUUGUUGAUACAUAGUCAAGAAGGACAUAUUAAUUGAAUGUUAGUAAAUAAUGUAAAUAUCUUUUAGUGACAAAAAGAUAUUCGUUCCUUCUUUUGUGUACGUUAAAGAAACAGUCAAACGUUGACUUUCAAAGGAAGUUUUUCAUGGAUUUUUGCGCUUAUAUCCUUACUGAACUGCGUCCCCUUUUUCCAAAAUAAAAUGUUGUUAUUCCAUAACGAAAAGAUUAAUUAUAUUCUUUGUGAAAAAUCCAGUAUAUGACAAUGAUGAAAACUAUAAAAAAUUAGGUGAUCCAAAUAUUACAAUCAGUAUCCUGAAACAAUGUCUAGCGCUGGUUUAAACUUCAUUGUACUGAAGAUUAAUGAUAUCGAUGUUACGGGCUUAUCACAUGAGGAGAUUAUACAAAUUUUCCUUAAAACUGAAGAUCCAAUAAUAGUUAAAGUACGUCGACGCCGCGCUGAAGACGGUACUGACAAAUUAAGUUUAUUCGACAGGUACCAGCAGCAAACCAAAACGAUGAGCGGUUGUAAAAUUGCAAACAAUGUAGAAUGUCAAGCAAAUUUUCCAAUCUGUAAUUUGAUAGAGCAUCAUCACACCGCGAUAACAAAUAGCUCGAAUAAUACAGAAUGUUGCCACCGCUUGAUUGAUAGUCAAACCAUUUUUGCGCAUUGUUUGGCACCUGAGAUAGACAUUGAGGAAGUGACGCUACGAAAGUCACGGAGUGACGAGAAACUUGGCCUCACGGUGAGUUAUAGUUCUGUGAAUGGUUCAACAUCGAUCUCCGCGUCAGAUGAAGAUGAACCAGAUAGUGAUAACAUAAUCGGUGAUCAAGAGGAAGAAAAUGUAAAUGAAAAUAAUGAUGAUAAUACAUGCGGUGAUAUUUACAUUUGUGAUAUUCUGCCGGAUAGUAUAGCAGCGCGUGAUGGUCGACUACGACAGGGCGAUCAGAUAAUUCAGAUAAAUGGGAAGGACAUAUUAAAUAAAGACGAAACUCAAUCACUUUUUGCAGAAAACAAAAAUUCAAUAACAUUGCUUGUCAGUCGAUGUGUUUAUACGGACGACGAGUUCCUUGAUUCCGCCAUCUAUUGCGACGAAAAGGAUCAAAACACGGGUUUAUCCCUAUCUAUCGACUGUGAGCCAAGUAUUUAUUCAUCUAAAUCAUCUCUACAUUCACUGACCGAACAGCAACAGAAACAAUCAUCCCUACAUUCACUACCUGAGCAGCAAAAACAAUCGACCACAUUACAAACUAUUACAACCCUCGAUACAAAUACUUGUGAUCAUGCCAAUAUACGAGCUCAACUUGAAUCCGUGAACAAAGAAAUAUCCCUGUUGAAUUCACAGAUUUCUAAUAUAAAAUUUCAAAAGGAUUCCACACAACAGCCCCCACAUUCACCGCAACCUCUGGUAUCAUCAGUACCGGGAUCAUCCCUUCGAAUUAUUCCAUCCCUCACUCAAACCUCUACAAUUUGUUCGACUAAGCCAUCCAAGAUUCCGUCAACGUCUCCAAUAAAUCAAAAAAGUAAUAGUACCAAUGAGACUCCUCCCUCAGCAACUUCAAAUGUGAAAAAAUCCUUGGCGAACUCCAACGACCAACCAGUGCAUCUUCAAAAGCCACCACUGUCAGCUCAACAUGUAACGACUUCGUCAAAUGUAGCUUCCAUCACUCAACAACCCUCCAACAAAACGGGCCAAUUUAUGGAGAUUGAGCAUAUUUACGAAACAAUUCCUGAGGACUCGGAGACAGAUUCCUACUAUUGCUCGCCAUAUGAUGAACGUAAGGAUCAAAGCCGGAUUGAACAAUGGCUCAAAUCGCAGAAUGUUAGCGAUAGUAGUGGAAUCGGGGGUGAUGUAUCCAAUAAACCUGCGAUUUCACCCGCAAUGACGGGAAGCUUAUGUCCACAGCAGCCCCAGAUAACGAUCCUUAACAAUUCGGGAACCAAGAAGGAGUUCAAUCUGAAUCAAACAGCAUUAACCCGAAUGUAUAGGAAUAACUCAAGUGGGGAUGAUUAUGAGAACAGCUCCAGUGCCUAUAACACAGGCGACUCUUGUACAAGUAACCAGCUAACGUUCGAACUGAAGGGCGAUGACAAAAAUAAGAGCAGUUCCACCCUAGUGAGCCGGCCAUAUAGCCGCCAAAUUGAGGCUUUCGACAAUUGCAAGCAAUGCCAGCAAUUGCGAUGUCGAAAGGAGAAACCAAGUACAAAAGGAGGUGCCAAGAAGUUUUCAAAUCGAGCUGAAGUUAAAAUGAACUCCGAAUUCGACCUUACAACCCGCCUGCACCAAGAACAAUACCAAAUGCAAAGCAGAGGGUCAUCGUCAUCAUAUAAAAAUUCAGUUACCGGAGAAACAUCGAAGACAAUCAAAGGUCAAAAUAAAUUACUUCGACGAGCCGUGGCGCAUAAUCAACAAAAAAUUAGCGAAAUCACCAGCACAAAUUAUUUAUCCCCGAGUUCAAGCCAAUAUCAAGUAUUUCGAGGCACGACAAACUCUAGUAUUGAAACUAGCGGGCAGCAGCAGCUCUCGUCCCAGGUACAACCUUUGACAAUCUCAUGUGAAACAACUUCUGAAACAGCAAAAUUUCCUGAAGACGACAGCACCACAAUGGUCUGGAAAGUGAAACGACGAACAGAUGGAUCACGAUAUAUUGUCCGUCGACCAAUACGCCGUGCAUCAACAUCAUCUUCAACAAAUCAAUAUCAACAAUACUCGCAUCAUCAAGAAAUCCGUCAUAAUCCGGAACAGGAUCAGAUACUUUGCAGCGCAACUGGUGGUGGUAUUGUUAUUCAAGACGAAAUAAUAACAAUUACCGAGGCAUCAUCCAAGUCAUCAUCACAUUAUCGUCAUUUAUCUAACAAACAGUCGGAGGGCCGACUAAGCCGCCCACAAAAUAGUGAAAUAAAUACAAAAGAACGUAAGCAAACAACGACAAUCCAGACACAUCAACAAAAACAGCACCAACAACAGCAUGAACCAGUGUUUAGUACAAGUUGUAGUCGAAACGGAAGCAGCAGACAUAUCCAGAAACAAUGGGUUAUUUAGUAACAAAAUAGUAUUCAAUUUUUAAUCAAUUAUUUUAGUCCAAGUUUUCUAGCUGUUUAUACAUAUCAACCUAAGUAGAGAAUUCCUUGUAAAAAACCGAUAAUUUGUAAUUCCAACAUUCACUCGAACUGUGCAGGCUCGAGGAGUGGGGCUAGAAAUAUUGGUUGCUAUUUUAGUUAUC